AGACAUACCAUUCGAGCAUUAACAGUUGCUAUUGGGUAUUGAGUUAGCGUAAGUGUAUGUUCACACGCAAUAGAAACGCGUUUGGAUGCAUUUUCUUUUUUUUUAAACAAAAUUUAUUAAUAUUGACAAAAUUUCAUUUCGAUUGAUUUUUGGAUAAUAGAGAUUGUCAAAAGUCUUCAUUGGCGGAAAACGACGGGUUGCACAAUAGUUUAAAUAUGAUAGAUAAUAUUUUAAGGAGUUUUCAAGUGGCAUGUUUAAAGUGUUUUAUAUGAUAUUUGACUUGUAAGUGAAGCGUGGACAGAUAGAGCAUAACAGUGUUGGUAGCAACUGAUCAUUCAUACUACAAUUAUUCAAUUGAUAAUCAAAUGAGCAUGGAAUUGAUGUAAAUAAAAAAGAAAAUUGGUUGAAAGGAAUCCGAGCGUCGUGAAUUUUAAAAUUGAAAAAAUUAAAACUUCACAGGUCGAGUGAUUUAAAUUUUGUUUUUUAAAUAAUGACUUGUAUUUGAACAGAGGAUAUGUGUUAUUUGUUGGAAUAAAUUUGCAUUUAAGCUAUAGGAAUGGUAAAACAGCAUGUCGGUAUUGGCAAUGAGUAUGCCGACUAAAGACACUUAUUUAGGUAUCCCUGCAGUACAUUCACACGUGCAGGGAUCUCUUUUUAAAGGGCAUGUAAGGCUCAAACCCGUGCCGGAAGCACAAGCUAGGAAGAAAAAAAUAAAACGUUUACAAAAAGAUAAUUUUUCGGAGACAAAUUCACGGAUUCUGACUUUACUGAAGGCAUCUGAAGAUGGCAGGAAACGAGCAUCCACCCUGCCACCUCUGGACCGGGAACCAACCUUUCACAGAAAACCUAAACACUUUAACCCGUACGAUGGUUCCCAUGAAGAUUCCGCCGAUAGUCAUUGGAAGAAGCACUACGACAAAGUCAGUAUUGAAGUGGACAACAAAGUCAAACAUCACCUGAAGCGGCAACUGAUGCAUCGGUUUGAGAGGCGAUUGAAGAAGAUGGAGGAGGCGAUGUCAGAGGACUUGAGCGGGCGACACGGCAAGGGCUAUAAUCCCUGGGAAGGAAAACACGGCAAACAGAAAAAGAAGGACAUUUUCCACAAAUACACUGAAACAGGUGCAAAAGCGGGUGGAGAUAAUGAGCCAUCAUCGAGGACUGAAAAGUCGUUUCCGGAAAUACCAAAGAAAAAUGGAAAUACUAACGAUGGGAAGCAAAACUUACCAAACGGAAGGGUGCAGUUCCCGGAUAUAAAUCAAAACGGCGAUAUAAAUGGCGAUCAUUUGGAUGGGGCAGUUUCCCCAAAUUCUGUGAAUAAUGACUCUGAUAGCGAAACAAUUCAAAGUCAACAGACUAAUGACGAAGUGUUUGACUUAACUAGACUAAAAACUAAAUACGCAGAACAAAGUUUUAGACACAUGGAUAUAAGUCCUAUACAGACGCCGCACGUGCUGCGUCCGAUGACGCGUGAGCAGACGAGACUUAGUUUUGGUGACAAAAUUCAAAGGAUUCUUAAUGGUGAAGUGCAUGUUAACUGCCCAACAAUAAACAAGACAAUAAAGUUGUACGUGUGCUCUGGGUUUUCAGAUUCAGAGGCUGAACGUACUAUUUUGGCAGAGCGAAUGUUUCCGGAGCUUCGUAACCUUUGUGUUCUUCAUGGUAGAGAGCUACAAGUGAUUGACCCACAUUGGGGUCUCGGAGACGCUCUUGCAGACGAUCAUGGUAUCCCAGAUAUGUGUCUGUCAAAUGUGAAUCGAUGUACGGAGGAUCAUCUUCAAAGCAUUAACACUGUGGUUAUUCUAACGGACCGCUAUGGUGAAGCUUUACUUCCAUCUAUUUUACAUAUCGAUGAAUUUGAAUAUAUCUAUAAUGCCGUCACUUCUUACACAAACGCAAACAAAGCAAGAAUCAACGAGCAAAUAGCAUUCAUAGAAAAUCCAUCAUCUGCUAGAGAACGCAAUGUGCUUCAAGAACAGUCGCAAGGAGAUGGCGAAAGUGUUCUCAUGAUGAAUGGCGGCGAUGAAACAAGUGGCCAGCAAGUGGUAGUAGAGAAAACGCAUAAGAAAGAAGAUGGGAAGAAGGAACAACUGUUGAUAAAGGCUUUAAAAGAUGAGGAAAGUCAGUUACCUGACCCAUCAUUGCUUGAUACCUGGUAUAGAUUAGAUGAGAAUUCUGUGCCGCCUGUCUACAAGCUGCAAAACAUAAGCUCAGUUUUAAAAGAUUUUGGUAAAGGCGAUGCCACCAAAAGAGAGUAUGCUAAGCAGGUUUGGUAUGAUGUUCAAUCAAGACUUCUGCAAAUGAUCAACCAUUACGGACAAACAAAAUACAAGAAAUCACUGUUGGAUCUAGAACUUACCCGUAUACUUCAAGAGCAUGACACUGGUUUAGAACAAUGUGUCGUGAUUUCUCGCGAGAUAGAUGACAUUGACGAGAACCUUGAUGAUUUACGAGCAGACGAAUAUGCGGAUGUGACGCCAGGAAAGCCACACAGACGAGAUUAUAAUGUUUUCAAUAGACUCAGAAAAAUCAAACAAGAAAUAAUACCUCAAAAGGUAUCGGACCAGUAUAUUCUACCAUUCCAAACCUCUUGGGCACCAGGUGGUGUCCGUAUUGGCGGCGAUCGAAUGCAUCAAACAUACUUGGACCGACUAGGAAAGCAUGUGUGUGACGUCAUCAAAAGACGUCUGCUGGAAGGAUUCAAAGAAGAAAGCCAAGCUGACAAAUGUCCUGAACUUUUUGAUGAGGUUUCGGAACAUGUUUUAUUUUACCAGCAGAGAUCUCAACAUUUUCAAGGAAUGAAGGAAACGCUUCACGUGAUGAAAUCCUACAUCCGGUCCGCGUGUCGUUCAGUUCUUGUUGUACACGGGAAGCCAGGUUGUGGAAAAUCAUCAGUGCUUGCUAAAGCAGCGAAAGAAACACAUAAAUGGCUAAGAGGGCAAGAUAUUGCAGUUGUCGUACGGUCUGUUGGUUCCACUAAAGAGUCUAUGAAUGUACGAAAUUUGCUUCACAAUAUAUGUCAACAACUGUGUCAUAUCUACAAUGGGGACUCGAGUCAGAUACCAACCGACUAUGUUGGUUUGAUCAACGACUUCUCACAACGAUUGGGCCUAGCUAGUAAACAAAAACCGCUGGUUUUAUUUAUUGAUGCUUUGGAUAGGUUGGAUGAUGAUCACGAUGGUCGUAAAUUAGCAUGGUUACCAAAGACUUUGCCAGAUAAUGUUCACCUUAUCGUUUCGAGUCUACCUGAUGAAAAGUUUGACUGUAUGCCAAGUCUUAAGAUGUUGCUAGGCGACAAUGCAGACGUUUUCUUAGAAAUUCCGGAAUUACUAGAAUCCGACACAAUGGUCAUUUUGAAUCACUGGUGCAAUGUAGAAAAUCAUAAUCUAACUCAAGAACAAUUUGAUAUUAUAUUCAACGUCAUGAAAAAAUGUCCUACUCCUUUGUUCUUAAAACUUUUGUUCCACGAAGCCUUAAAAUGGUCGUCAUACACUAAUGUUCAGGAAUCCAAAUUGCCAGAUUCCGUGAAAAAGAUGGCAGCAAUCAAAUUUGGUCAGUUAGAAAUAAAAUAUGGAGAAGCGCUUGUUAGAAGGUCGAUAGGGUACAUAGCAGCAUCACGGAACGGAGUAACUGAACACGAAAUGUUAGAUCUUCUAUCUUUAGAUGACGCAGUAAUGGGCGAAAUUACGCCGCAUUAUAACUUGGUUCGAAGACGUGUCCCUAACGCGCUAUGGUACCGCCUACGAGCCGAAUUGCAUUUAUAUAUAAAGGAAGUAAAGGCCGACAACGUUAAAACGUUGCAAUGGUCUCAUUCUCAUUUCUUCGAGGCUGCAAGAGAAAGGUAUCUGAUACAACGUGAUAAGGCUCCUUCAUACCAUAAGUUAAUGGCAGAAUACUUCCUUGGUACAUGGGCCAGCAAACCAAAACCAUAUCCUGGAAAUGACAAGGGUGCGUUGCGUUACGUGUCGGACCAACCACUGUACUGGGAAAGAAAAGAUCCGGUGGUGGGCGAAAGUUCCUCACGUGUUUACAAUCUUAGAAAAAUCAAUGAGCUCCCACAUCAUUUACUUUUGUCAAGUUUAUUACAGCAGUAUAAAACUGAAACAAUGUGCAAUUUUGAAUGGGUGCUUGCUAAAUUAUGUGGAACCUCUCUUCGAGGUCUGGUAGAAGAGUAUCAUAUUGGCCUUGAAAUGGAGCCGUCUGAUCUUGAUCUCAAGUUAAUGUCAGAUACUCUACAGCUGUCUGCUACUGCAAUACAACGAGAUCCACGGCAACUUGCUGGUCAAAUCAUUGGGAGACUACAGGGAAUUGUUAACAGAGAUGUUCCUUCGACACCCGGUGAUCCCCCUCGCUACCCGUUUAUACAUUCGAUGGUUACGCAAGCAAAGAAUACGUCAAUUCCAGCACUUGUACCGUCUAUAGGUUGUCUGACAGAACCUGGAGGGAUACUGUAUGAUCUCCUGUCAGGUCACACGAAACUUAUUACUGCAGUAACAACGACAACAGAUGCACAAAGAGCUUUGACUGCAUCAGCAGACAAUACGUUAAAGGUGUGGGAUUUAAAGAGCGGAAAAGUAACAUCGACAAUUGAUAACUUUGGGGAAAAUGUAUCAAAACUUCGAACUGCCUUUAAUAACAAAUUCGUCGUGUCAGUAGAAGGUAGCAUAAUAAAAGUAUGGUCACUUGUUGAUAAAGAAUGUUGUUUAGUCGUUGAUCAGUAUUUAGAUCCUCCUGUUUUAAGCAUUGCUGGUGAAGGAAAACUCCUUGUUGCUUUCUUUGACGGCGUGAACGCUCUGAAAACAUGGGACCUCAGUGAUAAUUUCAGACAUAUAUGUGAAACGAAGGUUGAAGGUGAGCGUGUGUUUAGUGACAAUGCUGUUGUACUUGCUCCUAAUUCUUACGGCGACUAUGUGUUACUUGCAUUUAGGGGAGCAAACUCAGCCAUCAUUCAACAUGCACGGACUGGUAAAAUUCUACAUAAACUUAAAUGCCAUGACGAUUCUUCCUCCAUAGUUGCUUUGGCAAUCACGCGUGACUACAUGAUCUUGGCUUGCAGACAACACUACAUGAAACUUCACGAGAUUCAUCAACUUGAAAUGUUUGAUGCAAAGAAAGGGAAGUAUUUACGCAGCAUUCGAGGAUGUACACAAGAUAUUAUCACAGAAAUGCAUAUCAAUCUUGUUGGUUCCCAUGCGAUAGUAAUAUGUGCUUCUGAAACGAGCAAUUCUUCAAAUAUAGCUAUUUGGAAUCUUGAAACAGAAGACCACAAACAUCUCGCAAAACAUUCUGGAGUGUCUACAGUUGGCGCAUGCGCGGACUUUCGGUAUUGUCUGACUGCUCAAAAAGGUGAUAGCACUCUGAAAAUCUGGAAUAUUAGUAAAUAUAUCAAUCAGCCAAUGCCAAAAAUGAAAAGAUCUUUAGGUGUUGCUGAAAUCCAUCCGAUGAUAGAUAAUCCACGCUACGCGAUUGCCAGACAGGUUAAUCAUGGGCCAAUAAGUAUUUGGAAUGUUGCAAAAGCAAAAUGUCUUGCAAGCGCUGUCCGGAUAGAGCGUGGACUCUCAGAGCAUUCUGAUGUUGUAUUAAUAAGAAACUGCAAAGUUGUCAUUUUGACAGAGAAGGGUCUGAAGGAUUCAAAACCAGUAUUCAAGACGGUAUUGGUAUACGAUCUUCGUGCGAAGCGUUACGUUCAGAAACUCACUCAGUGUUUCAUUGUGCCAUCUCCUGCACACGAGUAUGUCCUACUGGAUGACGAAACUUUAUUGGGACCUGCUGAGACAAGAAACCACUUUAUCAUCUGGAGUUUAGCUACUGGGAAAGAGUUAUUCCGGAUACGACCUAAGCUAAAAGACACUGAUCUUAGAAAUGGUGUAAAAGAAGCCGAUCUUGAACACUCCCUUCAACUAAGAGCAAGCACAGCGAAACUCACCCCUUGGGAUAGAAGAACAGAAAGUAACGCUGCUAGGCAGAAACGCCGAGAGAAGGCACGUGAGGAAGAAAGAAAGAAUCUUGAAGAAAUUCUUAAGGAAAAGAAGAACGGAUUUGAACAAUUUAUUAUAAGUGGAGACUUGAAUGUUAUCGUUGCAUCGUUCUUUGCUCACCACUUAUGCGUCUUCAAUGUCGGUUCUAAACUGCAUACAAAAACAUUAGAAAGCAGUAGCUCUAUGCUGUUUCUUCAUGUUGCUGCACUGAGUUAUGAUGGUAGUUGUCUUGUACAUGCAAACUAUGACGAAACAUCGAAAGUGAGCUAUGUAACGUUGUGGGAUACGGAAUCAGGACAAGUGAAGAAACGACUAAAGAACGAAAUUGAUGUUCUUGCUAUAGCUAUCACUGAUGACGGUUCCAGAGUCGUUUUUGGAAAAGCCAACAAGGAAUUGAGAAUAUGGGAUCCAAACAGAAAAACACCUGAUGCAAUGAAAAGAAUAAAGGGUUACGACAGUUUGGAGUUUAGUGUUGGAAGCAAAAUAUUUACUCUCAAUAACGGAAAACGUGCUGUUGUUUUCGCAGGAGAUAUUUCUGUAUGGGACUUGGAAAAUGCUACCCUCCUAGCUGUUUUUACACCCGAUACACGAAUAGAGGUUGUCAAUGUUGUCAUGAGUGGUCAAUUGAUUACCAUUGGCGUGCAUGAGUUUCCCGAACUCGUUGUUUUGAAAAUAAGUGGCAGGGAUGUGAAAUCGAUUGUUGAUAGUGAAUAUGAGGACUUGUUUGGAGAAACAACUGGUGACACUUCCGACGAGGAAGAGGACGAGGAUGAUGAAGACGUAUAAACUUAUUUGAGAUCAUUAAAUCAAAUUCGAAGAUUAAAUUGACUAUCUGUAAUAGCUAAAUUUAGUUAGCAAAACACUUGUUAAUUUUGCAUACUUGUUAAGACUUUUGGAAAACAGCUUUGUUAUCAAGCUAAAACUAUAUAUCAUUAGUUUUGUUUUUAAUUUGUAGACGUUGGUGCAUUUAUAUUGAUUGACAUAAAUAUAUGCAUUUUGUUUAUUGUGACCUCUGUUCUGUGAUAUGUUAAAAUGUGAUAAAUGAUAAGUACAUUUAUUUACUUUCUACGCUAAUCUUUUUACAACGAUGAAAAUAGCGUGUUCUUAGUAAACACAAAUAAAACUAUGUUAUUAUAGGUACAUGUAUUUAUGUAAUACAUAUUAUAUCAAUAAUGUUUUUUUUCUUUUAUGUUCUUUCUUCCAGGUGCUUUAGUAUUAUCUAUUUUUUACAAUUUAUAUAAUUGUUUGGUUUUCAUAAAGUAUAUUUAUAAAGUACAUUUAUAUUUACACAUAUUUUUUUUCUUAAAAUGUAUUUUAUAUUUUACAAUAAAAUUAUUUUGUGAUAAAUGAGACUGUAUUACUUUAUGUGAUAUUAUUAUACAUUUUUUCUUUGUUACUUUUGUAUUUGAAAUAAACACAUUAAUACAGGCACGCACAUCAACAUAAUUAAAAAUAGGCAUAUUAUAAUUAAGCCCAUGUAUUAAGUAAGAUAACCGUAAUAUUCAACUUUUCUAAGCCUCUUUUGAAAUGUCAAUAUAAGAUCCAUUUACAUAUAGAUGUAUUUUGUUCAUAAACAAGGUAUGUUAGAUGAGUUGCGAUAAACAAGUUUUCUUUUUUCUAAUCAAGAAAACCUACUACAUUUGUAGUUCCGAAAGCUAUCAUUAAGUCUACAAAUACGUUAUUGCCAUUUUAAGUCAAAUUAUAAUACCACACCUUCGGAUACCAGCCCGUUUAUUUCUUUGCAUGCUUCAGUUGAUAAUCUUCUAAAAAGGGAAAUAUUUUUCUACCGUACAUUGUUCAUGAACUUAUUUCUAAUUUUGUCAAUUUCAGUCACUAUUUAAAUAUGUGCACGUUUUUGUCUCUAAAUUUGCAAUCGUGAUUUUAUAAUACACUCGUUUUUGUCCUAAACAAUAACUCAUUGAUUUGCAAUAUUCGUACCAGUAUUUAUAUGCUUUUAGUGUAUGCUCAAUAAAGUUACAAGUCUUA